CUUCCGCUAUCCAGCUUUUUUCCUAGCUAGAUUUUCACACUGCCAAAAUUUUCUUCCCUUUACCUUUUCACACCUUCUGAAAGACUAUGGCAGCAGAAUCUUUUCUCUUCAACAUUGCAAACUCAAUCUUAGGAAAACUAGGAUCACAUGCACUUCAAGAAUUUUACUUAAUUUGGGGUGUUAAAAAUGAGCUUAACAAACUAAAGAAAACCUUACUUACAAUUAGAGAUGUACUCUUGGAUGCUGAAGAGCAACAAAUCAAGAAUCAUGAGUUGACAAAUUGGCUUGAGGAACUUAAAGAUGUUCUUUAUGAUGCUGAUGAUUUUCUUGAUGAAAUUCAGACUUAUGGUCAACAAAGGCAAAGGCUUAAAUCCAAGGUUGGUUUUUUACUCUCACCUUUUAAACUGCUUCUUUUUAGAUACAAAAUGAGUCAUAAGAUAAAAGAACUAAGGGGGAGGUUAGAUAGUAUUGGAGCUGAUAAAGCUAAAUUUCACUUAUCUGAGAAAACUAUUGCCUUAGAAAUGAAAAGGGAUUUGACAUAUUCCUUUAUACUUCCAUCUGAUGUUGUUGGAAGGAGGAAUGAGAUUGAAGAGAUUGUUGAAGUUCUAAUGCAAGAAAAUGGUUUUGAUGAGUGUCUCUCUGUGGUUUCAAUUGUUGGAAUUGGAGGUGUGGGGAAAACCACACUUGCUAAAUUAGUGUACAGAGAUGAGAGGGUAGUAAAGCACUUUCCUUUGAGAAUUUGGUUAUGUGCCUCGCAGGACAUCGAUGUCAUAAAGUUGGCUAGGAACAUUGUUAAUUUGGCAAGUGGUGUAUCGUGUGAUAACUUUAAUGUUGAACAAGUGCACUCUUCGCUUCAAGAUGCUUUGUGUGCGAAGAGAUUUUUACUCAUCAUUGAUGAUGUUUGGAGUCGGGACCGUUCAAAGUGGUUAGAAUUGAGAAGUUUGUUGAUGAUUGGAGCGCGUGGAAGCAAGGUUGUUGUAACCACUCGUAGUGAUUAUAUUGCCUCGAUGAUGGAAUCUGUUGUUACAUACAGCUUGAAAGAACUACCACAUGAGGAUUGCUUCUCUUUGUUUCUGAAAUGGGCGUUUAGAAAUGGACAAGAGAGACAUUUUCCGAACCUAACUAAAAUUGGAGAAGAUAUUGUAAAGAAAUGCAAAGGAGUGCCUUUGGCAGUGAAGACUCUAGGUAGUAUGUUAUAUGCGAUAACUGAUGAAAGGGAAUGGUUAAAAGUGAGAGAUGAUGAGAUAUGGCAACUAAAGCAGGCUAAUGAUGAUAUCUUACCUGCACUAAGGUUAAGCUACAAUCAGUUGCCAUAUUACUUGAAGCAAUGCUUUGCUUACUGUUCAAUAUUUCCCAAGGGUCAAGAAAUCGCGAGCAUCAUGCUGAUUCAAUUGUGGUUGGCGCAAGGGCUGAUACAUUCUUCUAAUGAAAGCCAAGAGUUGGAAGAUGUUGGUGUCCGCUACGUGAAAGAGUUGUGUUCGAGAUCUCUUUUUGAAGAGGUUGAAGCAUACGACUCAUUCAUAACGUUUAAAAUGCAUGAUCUUGUGCAUGACCUUGCAGUACUAGUUGCGCAAACCGAUUGUUGUGUCAUAAAAAACAAUACUGAUAGUAUUACUGAGAAGGUUCGCCAUGUAACGCUUUUCAGUUAUAGUCCUGCAGAGAAAAGCGUUCCAGAAAUUUUGUGCAAACAGAACAGAAUUCGAACUGUUUUUGCUCCGUCUGAAGGAUUUGAAAGGUAUGCUGCUCUUUUGGUUGGUAAAUGCAUUUCAAGAUUCAAGUACUUGCGUGUAUUAGAUUUACGCCAUUCAAGGCUUGAGACGUUGCCAGAUUCCAUUGGAAACAUGAAGCAUCUAAGGUACAUUGAUUUUAGUGGCAACAACAACAUCCAGAUACUUCCUACUAACAUUUGCAAGUUGCCGAAUCUGCAAACUUUGCGGCUUGUUCUUUGCACGAAACUUCAGAAAUUGCCAAGGGAGCUGGGAAAUUUGGUCAGUCUAAGACAUCUGUACUUGACAACCAAAGAGCAGAAUUUGCCAGAGAAAGCAUUGGGAUCCUUGGCUCUUCUUCAAUCCUUAUCAAUAUUUGGAUGUGAAAAUCUUGUAUCACUAUUUGAAGGAAUACAGAAGCUCACAAAACUAAGGACUCUAGUGAUCGGUGAUUGUCCGAGGUUGACUUCUUUGCCAAGGGGCAUAGUUCUAUUGUCAGCCUUAGAGAGCUUUAUGAUUGUCAAUUGUGAAGCGCUUAUGUUGUCCGACUGGCAAGAUAUUCAGGGCCUAAAGCGAAUGCGGUCACUUGUGAUCGGAGGACUUCCACAUUUGGUGGAUUUGCCCGAGUGGUUGAAAGGGGAUUCUAAUAGUCUAAAAUUCAUUCGCAUCUCGACUUGUCCAAGCUUUGUUGCAUUGCCUGCUUGGCUGGAGAAUGUCACAGCCCUCGAGAAGCUUGAGAUUACAGGAUGUCCAAAAUUGUCAUCUCUGCCGGAUUGCAUGAGUUCUCUUACUACAUUGAGGUUGCUGAAAAUCCAGAAAUGCCCUGGAUUAACUAGAAGAUGUGAAAAGGAUACUGGAGAGGAUUGGUCAAAGAUAGCUCACAUCCAAGAAAUUCAUCUUAAUGAUAUCAGAAUAUACAGUGAGGUGAGAUGAAUAUGUCAAAUUUAUGAUGGAUGUCCCAUAUCACAUGGGAGUUAAGAGAUCACAACUUCAAGGAGUAAAUAACCAAUUGUUGUAGGUGAGAUGAAUGCAUCCAAUUUAUGGUGGAUGUCUCACAAACACAUGGGAGUUUACAGAUGACAGCUCCAGGACCUACUUAAAGACCAUGUUCUCUUUUAGAUGAAAAAAAACUAUAGUAGAAAUUUAAUUACUUGUGUAAAACACUAUGCAUGAAUUUCAUGUUACCAUUUUAGUCAAUCUUAAACCUUCUCUCUCAA